GCGUCAAAAUGGCGGAAACCGAAGUCAUGGCCGAAGGUGUUGAUGCCUCCGGUAAAACGGUUUUGUAUCUUGAUUUCAACUCGCUGGUCACAGCUGCUGGGCAAGGAAAUAUGCAGAAUGUUGUCAUUGUGAACAGCGCUUCUGGCAACACGAACAUUUCUAGCGUGCAUGGCGCUAACAUUGCAAAAGUGUACGAAGUGCCUCUGGAUGAUAUAACGCGGCCUAUUCCUGUUGCGCACUACGACGAAGACAAGGUCAGAGGAAUCGUAGAACUACUUGAGAACCCAAACACGAAAGAUCAAGUGGCACCUGUGGACAUCCUGUGGAUCAAGGGCAGUGAAGGUGGCAACUACUACUACGCUUUUGGUGGCAACCACAGAUUUGAGGCACACUACAGGCUUGGGUGCACAACCAUUCGGGCCAAACUGAUCCGAUCAACACCUGCAGCGCUUCUGCAAUACCUGGGAGGGUCAACACCAGAGCUCAAGUGAUUAUAGUGGUGCCCAUUGUUGGGCGGUAUCAU